AUGCCUGCGCUCGCCAUGCAGCCAGGCAGCAAAUCUGCACGAGCAGAGAACAGGAGAGCCAAGAACUACACCAACGAACACUUCUCUCGUCUCUCCAAGAAGAACACCUCAGCCACAAAGCCAAGUGAACUACAGGCGGAUUGCUGCUUUUCAUCAUCAAGAGUCUCAGACUCCAUCUGCUUGCUCAUCUCAUCUCUGCAACCAGCAGUGUCUACCACAGCUUCCACCCGCACACGGUCACCACCUGCGAUUUCCGUGUUUGAGUGGGCCACGAUCGCGCAGCACCUGUUGGAAACCCAAAGCCAACCCGCAAGCCCAGGCGAGGAGCUCGACGACAUGCCAAACCGCCGCCACCGGCACCGCCGCCACCGCCGCAGCAAUGCGCGAGCCCUGUUCAACCUGAUGCUCACCUGCCGCAACCUGUACAAUGAGCUGCCAUGGGCAAUGCCCAAGUGGCACCUGGCCAACCUCGGCCUGCUCGUGGGGUGUUCGGAGCACUGGACCACCACCAUCAUCACCACUACCACAUCACCACCAUCAAUGACUGUUCCCCACGUUCUCCGCAGCAGACCUCAGGACCUUGUUCGACACCACCACAUCCGCACCACCCGCUCACCACAACAGCGACUGGCAGACCUUACCAUCGAUCUCAACCAAGCAGCCACCAGCACCACCGCCGUCACCACCAAAAGCAACCGCCAGCGUUAG